UUCGGCAUUAGACUUGAAUUUACACACGAGGGGAGCUCGAGCGCUCGUAUAAUACAGAGCGGCGGCUCGCGCUUACCGCGGGCCCUCGUAGGCGCCCGGCACGAGGACCGUGUCGAUGGCCUGGAUGAUGCCGUUGUCGCACUCGACGUCCGACGGCCAGUUGGAGGACUUGGACGGGCCCUCGGACUUGAGGCCGAUGAUGGCGCCGUCGAGCCAGUUCUUGCGGAACUUGCGGUACGCCGUGAGGGUGCCGCCGUUGAGCGUCUUCUGGUCCGUGUUGAGGGCGUCCAUCGUCUUCUUGCCCUCGAUCACGUGGUACUUGAGCACGUCGUCGCGGAUCGGCGUGCCGACCUCGUUGUUGUGCUUGUCGAAGGCCGAGUUGGCCGGCGCAAGGAGCGUGUACUCGCCGCCCGAGAGGUCGACGCCCUCCUUGGAGAGCGCGGCCGCGAGCUGGUCGAAGUUGUCGUAGCCCUUGAUGUCGGCCUCGUCGUGGCCGAGGAGCACGCCGUCCGAGCCCCAGAAGAUCUCCGGGCCCUCCAUGGUGGCGAGGGUGUCCUGGAUCGAGGCCUGGAGCUGCGUCGAGGCCUUGGGGGCCGCGACGGGCGCGAAGGCCGUGACGGCCGGGGCGAGGGCGAGGGCGAGCGCGAGCUUGGCCAUUUUUGUAAGUGACUGCGCGGAAAGAGUUGCGUGAGGGCGGUGCGCGUGGUGCGCGGCAAGCGCGGGUGUCUCUGUGUGUUGGUGCGCGCGGUUGGCAGCACGAAUUCGGGCGACAGUGGUUUUGUGCACCAAACUGCGCGUCCGCGGCGCUUUUCAGCGCGCACAAAUAUUGCAGUGGGUUGCGGAGGGUACAGGUGCGCUGCGGAGCAAGCGGUGCGGUUACUGGUUGCAAUUGCGACGCGGUUGCGUACGAUUUUUAGAUGUGAUGUCACGCUGAUUCAGCCUUCGGUCGGGUCCUUCGCCG